CAACUUUUUGUCUUUUGUUAAUUUCUUUCGAGUCAACAAUGGCUCCAUCACUUCUUAAAAUUUUAGCUUCUGUUGCCGCGGAAGAGAAAAGGAAACGAGAUUUGGAAAAAAAUUCAAAUGGGAGAAGGAUGGCUGGUUGGGAAGAUCAUGAAGAAGAUUCAGAUAAUGAGCUGCCGCCGGCUUCGGAGAUGAGCCGGCCUGAUUUUCUGCGUGAAGUGCAUCGACGUCCCAGGACCAAAACAGACACUGUAGGCUGGAAAAGAUUGACAGAGGAUGGAAGGUCUGUGAUUGAGAUGUUCAAUGAUACUAAUGAGGAUCAGGAGGAAGUUUUCCGAAGAGAAAGAUUGUUCAAAAGAGCGCCUAUGGAAUGCAGAAGAGAUGAAGCAGAAAGAGUCCAGAACAAAGUUCAAUUUCGUAACUUUCUGAAAGAUGGUCACGAGAUUCGAUCUCGGAAUAGUGGAAUAGUGAUUAGAGAAGAAAGUGUUCACGAGGGACCAAAUGAUCAGAGUCGGAGAAAACUGGAAUACCGGAAUACUGGAAUAGUGAUUAGAGAAGGUGGUGUUCCUGAGGGACCAAAUAAUCAGAGUCAGAGAAAACAAUUCAACACCAAUUUGGGAAAGAGGCCUUUGGAAGACAGCUGUAUGGAUGAUCAGAAACUGAAAAAACACAAAUUCAAACGCAUUUUGAAUGCGGAAGAUUUUAUUGGUGAGGGUCGGCAAAUAAGUUUUGGGAGGAAGAAAUUGUUGAAUGAGAAUGAAGCUGUUGCAGUGGAAGCAGAAGAAGAAGCGAGACAGAGGAAAAUGAAGCAGCAGAAAAGAAUUGCAGCGAAGAAUGGCCAUCGUGGUUUGAUGAUGAACAAGGAAGAUAAAAAGUUGGGCCCUAGAACGUUUAACUCGAAAGGUGGGCAUUAUGGUGAGGUAACGGAACCAAUGUCGGAAGAAUUCAUGGCCAAAAUUCGUAGAAAAGCGCGAGACCAAGGAGUUGAUAAUGAUGAUGAUCUGAAACUUACGCCGUUAAUACAAAAGGCUCUCACAAUGAGUGAUAUUGAAAGGCAACAAAACCGCCUUCUGGUUCCAAAAUCACGGGUAGAAGGGAAAGAGUUUCUAACAGAAGUAGAAAAAACUUACCUCUCAGAAAAAAACUAUCUCACCGUUCCUAUCAUUGAGCCUUCGGGCAAAGUAGCGAACAUAACGUUGAGAAACUGGAUGGUCGGCGCAAAGCCAACAUACAUCCUGAAUGGGGAUUGGAAACAUGUGGUAGACAAGAAUAAGCUUCGAGAGGGCCUAAAGGUUCAGCUAUGGUCGUUCAGGAUUCAGGGGAUCUUGAAUUUUGCCUUAAUUGUACUUCCUGAUGAAGAGAUAAGAAGGGACGGAGAUAACCAACGGGAAAGAUCUGCUCGCCGGAGGAAUGUGGAUGAUGAGGCAUCAACUUCUCGAGCUGCUACAGCCGCUUCUGUUAGCCCUCAGAGUGAUGAUCCACAACAUGAUGAUGCUGAUGAAGGGUCCAUGUCGGUGGCACCAUCAACAUCAUCUUCUGUUAGAUCUCAUGAGAACGAUGGUACUAAUAACGUGAAAUUUCGAGACACGAGCAGUAGCGAAAACGGGAUUGGUGAUGAUGAUCAUGGAGAUCACCAAGACAUGAAGGGCUCAGAAUCGGAUGAUUGAGCUUCAGUUUACCCGGAAGUACCUGAGGCUAACAAAUAAGCAAUGUUGGUGUUGAAUUUGUUCUGUCUCUUGGCCUACUAUGACAUGACCUUAUUAUAUACUCCCUCCGGUCCAUAAUUAUUG